CGAGCCGAUCCUCUGGUCGCCUACGGCCCGGAAGGAGUACGAUUCCCGGCAGGCUGCGCGGCGCUGCUGUCUCCCCCGCGGGUUUUUACUGUUGCAGCUGUUGCUCGAGGCCGGGCUGAGGCGAGGAACCAAACUAGAAAGGCAGUCGGGGGAAUUUGUGUGCGUGCCCUUGACGGUGCCUAGGUCAGUCCCAUCUUUGCACAGCGUCCCCGCCUGCUGCCACCCCUUGGGGAGGAAAUCUGCUCAGCUCAGCCGGCUUCCCGCCCUGCGGCCUGGGGUGUGAAGGCUUCGCUUCCAAUUCCAUCCGCUUCCGGUCCUGAUGGAAGGAGGGAGGCGGGCAAAGGCCUCGACCCAGGUCCUGCCUCUCCGGCUGGGGAAGAGGCCGCUGACCGGGCGAGCCCCGCGAUGUUGGCCGGUGGAAGCCGCAGACCCACUCGCUCUGGCCUCCCUUGCAGGCCCCGACCCCUUGGGACUGUGCGGGGCAAAGGUCAAGCCCACCAUCCCCCAGCCCAGGCCAGGGGCUUCGGGAGGAGCGUGCGGGACAAAAGCCCUGCUGGGACGAUGGCCCCCAGCCCCGUGGAGUCCUUCCUGCUGGAGAUGUGGAAACCCUGCCGUGGCUUGGGGAUCCCGCGGAAAUGAGCGUGGCCGCUGCCCGGGCAGCUGGUCUCCUCCUGAGAAUUGGCCUUCGAGCCUCAUGUGUCUGUUGUCGUUCAAAGCAGGUGUCACGGUUCAAGGUGUCUACUGGGAGAUUGGGACAGAGUCCCACAGAGUCUCUAUCGGCUUUGGAGGAAGUCAAGAACUGCAUGAACCUGCCGCCAGACAAGGUGCAGCUGCUGAGCCAAUAUGACGAUGAGAAGAAGUGGGAGCUCAUCUGUGACCAGGAGCGGUUUCAAGUCAAGAACCCCCCUGAAGCCUAUAUCCAGAAGCUGAAGAGCUACCUCGAUGUUGGGGGGGUCGGCCGCAAGGUUGCAGCUGACUGGAUGUCCAACCUGGGGUUUAAGAGGCGCAGCCAGGAAUCCACACAGGUGCUGCGGGAGCUGGAGACCUCCCUGAGGACCAACCACAUCGGGUGGGUGCAGGAGUUCCUCAACGAGGAGAACCGCGGGCUGGAUGUGCUCCUUGAGUACUUGGCCUUUGCUCAGUGCUCUGUUACGUACGACAUGGAGAGUGCGGAUGGUGGGGAGAAGAACCCCGAGAAGAGCAAGCCCCUGGAGCAGUCAGUGGAGGACCUCAGCAAGGGGCUGACCCCCAGGAGCCGCCACCUGACCGUCAAAUGCCCCCCUUCUCCCCGGUACGUAGCCACCUGGGGGCAGCAAACCUUUUUUUGGCCAAGAAUAAUUGAGCACGCUUAUUCAGUACUUCCGGGGUGCCAGGCACCGCUCUGCCUUCAUUUCCUGGUCUUAGUGACCCUACCAGGACGCAACUCUCCAUUCUUGUUGGAGAAAUGCACAAGGCUGACCCCCGCACACAGCAGGAAGACACUGCGCAGUUCUCGCAUCGUCAGCCAGAAGGAUGACGUCCACGUCUGCAUCAUGUGCCUGCGCGCCAUCAUGAACUACCAGUCUGGCUUCAGCCUUGUCAUGAACCAUCCAGCCUGUGUCAACGAGAUCGCGCUGAGCCUCAACAAUAAGAACCCCAGAACCAAGGCUCUGGUGCUGGAGCUCCUGGCAGCCGUGUGUCUAGUUCGGGGAGGGCACGACAUUAUCCUCUCGGCCUUUGACAACUUCAAGGAGGUGUGUGGGGAGCAGCAUCGCUUUGAAAAGCUGAUGGAGUAUUUCCGGAAGGAGGACAGCAACAUCGACUUCAUGGUGGCCUGCAUGCAGUUCAUCAACAUUGUGGUGCACUCGGUGGAGAACAUGAAUUUCCGAGUCUUCCUGCAAUACGAGUUCACGAACCUGGGCCUGGACCUGUACCUGGAGAGGCUCCGGCCCACCGAGAGCGACAAGCUGCGGGUGCAGAUCCAGGCCUACCUGGACAACGUCUUCGACGUAAGCGCGCUGCUGGAGGACACGGAAACCAAGAACGCUGUGCUGGAGCACAUGGAAGAGCUGCAGGAGCAGACGGCGCUGGUGAGGCUGGGCCCAACCCGAGUCCCUGGCCCACGGCCGCCCUCCAUCGAGAUCCUGCCCCUCGCUGCGACUGCGGUGUCGCCGGCCGGCUCCCCGUGCCCAGGUGCGCAGGCGCUGCCAGGUUCCCGCCCCGCCCCGCCUGCCACGCUCUCCCGCCCCUUCCCAGGCGUGAAGGCCAAGAAACCCAUCCAGACCAAGUUCCGGAUGCCGCUGCUGAACUGGGUGGCCUUGAAGCCCAGCCAGAUCACCGGCACUGUCUUCACCGAGCUCAACGACGAGAAGGUGCUGCAGGAGCUGGACAUGAGUGACUUCGAGGAGCAGUUUAAGACCAAAUCACAGGGUCCUGGUCUGGACCUCAGCGCCCUCAAGGGCAGAGCCACACAGAAGGGUCCGAGCCAGGCCAUACUCAUCGAGGCCAACCGGGCCAAGAACCUGGCCAUCACCCUGCGCAAGGGCAACCUGGGGGCCGACCGUAUCUGCCAGGCCAUCGAGAAGUAUGACCUGCAGGCUCUGGGGCUGGACUUCCUGGAGCUGCUGACCCGCUUCCUGCCCACGGAGUACGAGCGCAGCCUCAUUGCCCGCUUUGAGCGUGAGCAGCGGCCGCUGGAGGAGCUGUCGGAGGAAGACCGCUUCAUGCUGCGCUUCAGCCGCAUCCCGCGCCUGCCGGAGCGCAUGGCCACGCUCAGCUUCCUGGGCAACUUCCCGGACACCGCUCAGCUGCUCAUGCCGCAACUGAAUGCCAUCAUCGCAGCCUCCAUGUCCAUCAAGUCCUCGGACAAACUCCGCCAGAUUCUGGAGAUUGUUCUGGCCUUCGGUAAUUACAUGAACAGCAGCAAGCGAGGGGCAGCCUACGGCUUCCGGCUGCAGAGCCUGGAUGUGCUGCUGGAGAUGAAGUCCACGGAUCGCAAGCAGACGCUGCUGCAUUACCUGGUGAAGGUCGUUGCUGAGAGGUACCCACAGCUGUCCGGCUUCCACGGCGACCUGCACUUCCUGGACAAGGCAAGCGCAGUGUCCCUGGACAGUGUCCUAGCUGAUGUGCGCAGUUUGCAGCGGGGCCUGGAGCUGGCGCAGCGCGAGUUCGUGCGGCAAGACGACUGCACGGUGCUCAAAGAGUUCCUGAGGGCCAACUCACCCACCAUGGAUAAGCUGCUGGCCGACAGCAAGACGGCCCAGGAGGCCUAUGACUCCGUGGUGGAGUACUUCGGGGAGAACCCGAAGACCACGUCCCCUUCCACGUUCUUCUGCCUCUUCAGCCGCUUCACCAAAGCCUACAAGAAAGCAGAGCAGGAAGUGGAGCAGUGGAAGAAGGACGCAGCUGCGCAGGAGGCAGGGGUGGACACCCCUGGCCAGGGAGAGUCCCCUGCACGCAAGUCUCCACUCAGGGCGAGGCGCCAGCAGAUGGACCUCAUCUCGGAGCUGAAGCGGAAGCAGCAGAAGGAGCCGCUCAUCUACGAGAGUGACCGUGACGGUGCCAUUGAGGACAUCAUCACAGAUCUGCGGAAUCAGCCCUACAUCCGAGCGGACACAGGCCGCCGCAGUGCCCGUCAUCGACCCCCGGUUCCUCCCCUGCAAGUCACCACUGACUUGGCCCUGUAGCUGCCUGGAAGGUAGAGGGGCCUCGAGGACGGCCGGCCGUAACCUCGAAUGCUGCUCAAGCACCCCGACCCUGAGACAGCCAUACUCAGCGGGAGCCUGGCCUGUGACUUGUGAGGUCACCUUGCUGGCCUGGGCCCCUGGCCCCAGGACUCUCUCUGAGCCUUAUUUUUAUAAGAGAUUAAUAAAGAUGUUUGCAGAA